CGUAACAAGAAAAAGGCAUUUACAAAAGAAGCAAAUAUCGAAUUGCCACGAAGUUCCACCCGAGAAGAUCGACGUUCUAGACCCACUGUCGCUUGAACUAAAUGAAUUUAAUCUUUAGUAAGAAAAUUCUUUUCACAACAUGGACUCGCCGAAGAUGCAAAAGCCAAUUUAAAGUUUCCAGCAGGUAACUGCAAAAGUAUGCCAAGAUGGGAUGUCUGGAUAGACACGUCGAGCAGUAUUUGGAAAAGGACGUCUUCACCCGCAUUGGCCUUGCUGGGUUGUCAAGCAUGGGCGCGGCUGUAGUCACCAAUCCCAUCGAUGUCAUCAAGAUCAGACUUCAACUGGACAAUGAAUUGUCAGACCAGAAGAACAUCUUCAAGAAUAGAAAAUAUAAAGGAUUUGUUUCCGGAGGAUCACUCAUCUUAAAGGAGGAGGGUAUUAAUGGCCUUUACAAGGGAAUAUCAGCUUCAUUGAUGAGAGAGGCAAGUUAUAGUUCAAUAAGACUUGGUCUUUACGAACCUCUUAAAGAAGUGCUUGGUGAGACGAACAAGGCAAAGACCCCAUUAUUCAAAAAAAUUAUCUGUGGUGGAAUUUCAGGUACAAUUGGCAGUGCUAUAGCAAGUCCGACAGAUCUUGUCAAGAUUCGGAUGCAAGGUGAAGGACCCCUUGACCCUGGCCAAACCCCAAGAUACAGAAGUACAAUGCAUGCGUUUAAGAAGAUUGCUCGCCAUGAAGGAGCAUUGGGGCUCUGGCGUGGUGUUACCCCAACUGUUCACCGUGCUGCAAUUGGAACCUCUGCUCAGAUCUCUUCAUAUGAUCACACUAAACACUGGCUGCUGAACACCAAUCGUAUAAGAGAGGGGCUGCCCCUUCAUAUUGUCUCUGCAAUGAUGUCUGGAUUCAUAACUGCUUUUAUAAUGUCUCCAAUUGAUGUUAUAAAGACACGGAUCAUGAACCAACAGGUGCAGAACAAGAAUGGCAAUACCUACAGGAAUGCUAGAGACUGCCUUGUGAAGACGUUCACUUCUGAGGGUAUCUUCGGAUUGUACAAGGGCUUUAUUCCAAACUGGCUUCGACUUGGUCCACAUACUAUCACUACUUUUAUUUUGUUCGAACAGCUCCGAUUGUACUUUGGCCUUGACCCAGUGUCUGGUGACAAAGGUGCUGGCCCUGGGGACCUUUUUGCCUUAGGCCCCGUCUGCAAGAGACGUCACACUGGUCAUCUCAACGGAGCAUUGGUAGGGGUCAGUCGAUGGCCUAACGAUCUCGCAGAUAUGACCGCUCUGGAUUCAAAGCAAGAAGAAGCAUUCACUGUUAUUCAGAAGAGCAUUAUGGUUGAAAAUGAAAAUGCCACAAGAUUUGCAUUGUCUGGUAUAUCAUGCAUGUCGGCUGGAAUUGUUACAAAUCCAAUAGAUGUCAUUAAAGUGAGACUUCAACUAGACAACGAGCUGAGUGCUUCAAAAAGUAUCUUUGCUGACAGAAAAUACAGGGGAUUUUUUCAAGGUGGAAUUAGAAUUGUCCAAGAAGAAGGAGUUAGGGGAUUGUACAAAGGAGUGUAUGCAUCAGCAUUGAGAGAAGGUGUCUACAGUACAAUUAGACUGGGACUCUAUGAGCCAUUCAAAGAAUUGUUUGGAGAAAAAGACAGAUCAAAAACACCUCUGUAUAAAAAGAUUAUGUCAGGUGCUCUAUCAGGAUCAAUUGGAAGUGCAAUUGCCAAUCCUACAGAUCUUGUUAAAAUUAGACUACAAGCUGAAGGCAAGCUAGAGCCAGGUCAAACGCCAAGAUAUAAAAGCACGUUUGAUGCAUUUGCUCAAAUAUCAAGAAAAGAAGGGGUGCGCGGACUGUGGCGUGGUGUUGGCCCCACUGUGCAACGAGCUGCCAUUAUAACUGCCUCCCAGAUCCCUUCCUACGACCAUACGAAACAUGCACUACUUAACAACAAGGUAAUGCAUGAAGGUUUACGCCUCCAUUUCGUGUCGUCCAUGGUUGCAGGACUUGUUUGUGCUAUUGUUACUUCACCUGUUGACGUCAUAAAGACGCGGAUAAUGAAUCAGAAGAUCAUGGCUAAAGAGAAUGGAUUACUGUAUAAGUCGACCUUGGAUUGUUUGUACAAAACAUUGAAAUUUGAAGGGAUUUUAGGACUUUACAAGGGAUUUAUUCCAAAUUGGAUGAGAAUUGGACCUCAUACUAUAAUUACAUUUCUCAUAUUCGAGCAACUACGGAAGAUUGCUGGAUUAAAGCCCCUAUAGAUUUUUUGUAUGCAAUAUUUUUCACUAGCUAGGUAAGUUAGUAGCAGUUUGUAAAAUAUUUAAUAAUUUUCUCACUCUGCUGACAACUGGGGAAACUUUAGGGAAAUUUUAGGCAAAAUCACUGAAAGAGGAAAGUUAUAAAAUCCAAGUUAUAAAAACCUACAUAUAGUCCCAUCUAUUAGGAACUUUUCGCUAUUAAGAAAUGUUUCCUCCUGAGGUGUUCCCUGUACAACGAAUCCCCGGUAUAACGAACUCUCGCUCUUACGAACCCCCUCCUUUAUUAGGAACUCGUCACGAUUUAUUUUAUUUAGCCGGUAUAUUUAUUCCUUUAACAUGUAUCCAUUGAUUUACUGUAAUUGAGUCCCAUUUAAAAAUGUAACAGGGUAUUAUACGGUUUUACCCUUGGACAUUAGAUUUUUUGGCGAAUUCUUGAAAAUUUCCAUGUUCCUCUUUGUGGGUUCCAUUGAUGGUUCACCUUAAUUUAAUAAUUUCUCUUAUUAUCACCUUAGAAAUAACAUUCAUUUAUUUCAAGAGGCUCGCUCUUUUUUCUAUCUAGGCCUCUUUUAUGUAUUUAAUAUUUUUUUUAUUUCAAUAAUUAUGACCAUAUUGAUUAUUAUCGGACGAGGCAGAUCGAAUUUUGAAUAUGGAUUUUGAAGAAGAAGUUGAUAAAAUUUUGAAUAUGGAUUUUAUGGACGAUAAUUUAUUUAUUCCUAUUUGAAAGGGGUAUAAAACCGUCAAGUUCCGAAUAUGAACGGUCCAUUUACCUUUCACAUUAGAAGCAUCUGUGGGCGCUGCACUAACUUACUUACUAUUGUAUCCUGAUUAUAAUGGAAACGUAAGAAAAACGUAACAAAAACUUCCCCAUAAAUGAAUUUUAGAUAUGGAAACAAUACCUCAAUAAUCAUUAGAUUGUUCAAUACUUUCAGAUUAUUCGAAGGAACUCGUAGUUCCUUUUAUUAUAUUUCUUUGUGCUACUUUUAUCAAAGAUUCGUAUCGCCAGGGUGUAUCUAUGCACAAACCCUUAUUCCGCAGGCUUUUCCCAGUCAACCAAAAUUUCCUUAUCGCAAAUUGCGGGUGCCCUUCUUUCCAUUGAAAUCUAGAAUUGUGUUAUCAAACGAAUAGUUCUCUUGAGCGCUUCCGUUCGGGAGUGUGUAUUUGGCCAUUAAAAAAUUUUCUUACUUUCGGGUUUCCCUUAGGUUCUGAACUUUACGGUUUUGGGUUAUUUCGAGGUUGUAUUAAUUGUUAUUUUAGAUUUUUGUCAAAAUGCUGUCACGGUAUCAUAUCAAUUUUUACAUUCCCCCUUUUAUUUUUUUCAAUUUUGGGAAACCGCCCGGGCCUGAAAAGACCAAGUGGAGAUGGGCAUAUGAGGCGACCUAAUAUUGUAUGCACUCCAGAGUACACUCCCAAUUCCUAGGGUUAACAAAACCUCUCCCGUGUUGUCUUAUUCUGUAGAUUUAGUUUGCCUAGCUACAUGCCAUUGUCUUAAUUCCUCACCCACCAGUAUUUCUUUCUAAGUCACCAUCCACUUUCACUCGUUCAAUAACUUGUCUCGGCUAUAAAGCUGAAGAUAUAAUUAUUAUUUUCCAACCAUCGAGCUAAAAAGUUCUGUUUAUAUUUUAAGCCCUUCACCUUCACACGCCCAGGUCUCCAGUCCCGGCGGGCACUUGCUCCAGGCAUUUUUCCUUAUAUACAUCAUAUGCAUACAUUUGUUGUUUUUAAAAAUCUUUUUGUAAAUAUAUGCUAUUAUUCUUCGGUUAAAUGUUUAUGUUCCUAUUUGAUAUCUAAUUGUACGUUGCAAAAUCAACAUUAACAUCAUUUCGCUUAAUAUGUUGCUUUACAUUCAUAAAUAAUUUUUUCAAUUUA